AUGUCUACCUCAACGUCCGCCUCACUUACCCCGCAGUCGGGCGCGGGCUCUUCUGAGAUAUUCGACUCCUUGCCAUACUACGACAAUGACCUUGAGCAAUAUCCACAUUUGAAGCAGAAGGUCGAGCAGGAACUUGCGCGGGAAGCGGGGACGGUGCCGCAGGAGCUGCACCCCAAGGUUCCUCCACCUUUUGAGCUUUUUGUCAAAAACCCUUUGUUACAAGCAGAAAUCCAGAGAUGCGAAUCUCGGGAGCCUCUGGGGCCCUUGGACACCCUUCGUUAUCAACUACCUGGACCCAUCGGCGUGCCCGGUUCUGAUGACGAAUGGCAGUCGGCGCUCGACAAUGCACAUGCACAACUCGAGCAUCAGCGUUUACGGCAAACAAAUUUAGCUCUGCUUCAGCAGUACGGAUCUAACGCGUGGCGGAUACAUAAUCACCGCCUCGAGGCCGCUGCAACCGCAGCAGAGAAGGCAUUAGAGGAGCUCAGGAGGCUCACCACUGAGGUCAACAGGGAUAGAAAGAACUUCCAGACUCGCAUUGGUGGCCAAUUGACGUCGCUGGAGACGCGAUGGACGGAGCUUAUAUCGAGUGUACUGCAAAUUGAGAUGGCGAAUGUGGCUUUGGAGGCGGAUAUUGACCGACUGAAUAAGAAGGAGGUUGAGCUUGCUGGGUUGUAGGGCACGAUCCUCGCGUUUACCACUUGCAUUCUUUCCCAUCGUUCUCUGUCGUUCUGUUUGCAUCGUUGCAAUGUGCUCCAGUCUUCGUAAAUGAAUAAGGCCAUUGAGUGUC